UGAAACAGCAUAGUGUAUUGCUCAAAAGCAAAAAAUUGAAUAUAAAUUCAAAUCAUAUAACCAAUUCUAAGUUCUUUGACUACAGUUAUUCUGAUUUUUACAGAUUUGCACGAAUUACUAUGAGAAAAAGGAGCUUAUCUUUUACUGAUCUGUGAUGACAAUGUUACAGGUUGACAAAUGUUAAAUGCUUGAAAAAAAGCUUAAUGCAUCAGUAUUCCACCUGGUCUCAUUUCCUGUGAAAAUGCAGAUUUCUGAAAUUUGCUUUCUAACUGCAUUUUGAGGUACAUGUAAACAUGUCUGUCACACAUAUGGUUCAAUUGACCUUCAUCUAAUUCCAAGGUAUACUGAUCAAUGUUAAAUUUUCGUGAUUUCAUCCAUUUCUCAGAUGCUUAAAGCAAUAGAAUGAUUGUUAGGUGUACAUGUCCAUCUUAUGGGGUUCAUCUGACCUUGAUCUCAUUUUCAUGGUUCAUUGAAAUUGGUCAAUGUUAAGUUUUUGUGAGUUGGACUGUUUCUGAUGUGCAAUGCACAUGUACAUUUAUACUAAAAGUAAUAGGUUAUCUUUAUUACAGUAUAGGUGUAUGGAAUGAGACCUUGAUCUUAUAAAGGUUUUCAACGCAAAAUUGAAACAUACAUGUAAUCAAUUAGGCAGGCAAGACAAUUCUGCUUUUGCUCUCUUGUUUAAAGUCUGCUUCUACAUGCUACUUCUAUUUUAAUUUUGGAUUAAAUUUGAGUUAAGGUUGACAACUAUUUACUUACAUUUAAUAUUCUACCUUGAAAAUGGUUGAUUAGCCCAAUUAUGUUUAUAUUGCAUAAAUGUACAAACACUUACUAGGUUAUUAUUAUAUAUAUACAUUGUAUUGUAUUUGUACAGGGGAUUUAAUACUAAAUUACAUACAUUGUAUAUCAUUUACACUGUACAGUCACUUAAACAUUAUUUAUUUUUAAAUGUUUUGGAUAUUUAUAUAUCUGAUACCAGUUUUAUAUUAUAUUUGAGCUAGGGAAUAUUCUGAAGUUCAUUUGUACUCCAUGUCAAUUGAUUUGAUACACUUUUAUUGCUUCCUUGAUGGAAGAAGGAAGUAAAAUAUACAUUUGUAUUCUUUGUUAACAGGUGAAACUGAAAAGAAAAUAGAAUGUGUUCCAAAGCAACAACAGGGUGUGUUUCUACACAGAAUUUCACCAAAGAGGAACAUAUCUCCUAGCAGAAUCUCAAAUAAGAGAUGGGAGAUUCAGAAUUAACAACUCACACCAGUAUUAAACCUGAUGGUGGAGGAUCAGGGUCAGAUGGAGUAUUAAUGAAACCACGAGAUAACACAGAAUUUGAGCAGUCCUUACAGAUUGUACUUGGCACAGUAUGUGGUGUGUUUGGUCUCCUUGGUUUGAUACUAGUGCUGUCCUUCUUGUACAAAUUUUAUAAAAGAAGACGAUCUCCUCAACAUACUAGAGGACAAAGAGAUUCUGAUUUCAACAGUUCAAUAUCUAUUGAUUUAGAACAAAAGCAAGUACCUACCGUGUUAAUACUAUACUCCAGUGAUUGUUCAGCUCAUGAGAAAGUGGUCUCAUCUUUUGCUGGGUUCCUAAUAGAAGCUUGUCAUUGUAAUGUUCACUUAGACAUUUUUGAAGAUCAACUCAUAUAUGAGAGGGGGCUUGAUGAAUGGUUGGUAGAAAAACUUCAGGAAGCUGAUUUUAUUAUUGUUAUGUGUUCUGUUGGUGCUAGAUUACGUUGUACAAAAAAGCGAGCCAGAUUUAAAUUUGAUCCAAACAGAACGAUUCCAGAUUAUUUUGCAAUAGCAGUGGAUUACGUUGCAGAGAAAAUGAGAGUGGAAAGGUCAAAAGGAUUACCAAUGUCUAGAUUUAUUGUAGCUUACAUGGAAUAUUCUUCUGCUAGUGAUAUUCCCCAUCAACUGGAUACUGGUGUUAAAUUCAAUUUAAUGAAAGAUAUGAAUGCGCUCUUUAAUCAUCUUCAUGGUUUUCCGUCUGACAUGAACAAAUUUGGUCCAGUUUGGCGAGAUACAGUUGAACAGAAUUGUGAUUUUUCAGAAUUAACCACAGAACUAAACUUGUCAUUAGAAUCAGCCAAAGAAUAUUUUAAAGCAAACCCUAAUUGGAUAGAGGACAGCAUGGAAUAUAUGCCUGCUCCAUCAAAAUCAAAAUCUAGACAUGUCAGAAAAAGUUCAUUAGAACCGUUAUUGAAGGAAAGUCAAAUGAACCUACCAUUUGACAACUCUGGAAAAAUUGACACUUUGGUUGACAUUCACAAUCAAACACUACCUCGAACUCUGAAACAGGAGGAUCUCAAUAUGGUCCCACUGUAUCAACGCCAAAAUUCCUUGCCGUCGUCACUCAGCAGUCAUCAGACCAACUCCUCUCCAACCCCGCCAACAAACACAUCAAAAAGUUUUGAAAAUUUCCAGACUACUACUAGAUACCAAGAUAUUGACUUUCAACCAUGUAUGUUUUGUGGUCUGGAGGAGCAUGUAGACAGGAGAUCGCCGUGUAAGGGGAGAAAACUUGUCCAUAGUCAGAUUGAAGAUACUGAACAAGAGGACAUAGAUUUAUCUUCAGGAAAGUUAAAAAGUAAAUCAAUGCCAACAAUAUGUCCUAACUUAUCAUCAAGCUCACACACAGUUUUACAUGCAGACGUGCACAAAGAAUGGGGAUUUCAUGAUUGUCAUCUCUCUGUUAGCUCUGAGUCCACUUCUGAUAAGGACAUUGCUUUAGAUGAUUUAGAAAAAGACCUUCAGUCCAUUAGAAUGUUAGCAAGCUAUGAUGCUUUAAAAGAUUUUCCUAAAGAACAAAAGACUUUCCCAAAGGCCUUGUCUGUAAAGGUAGAUAUUUUUGGGACUAAUCCUAGAAGUGAACUUAUUGACAUAUCUCCACAAACAGCAGUGGUAUCUCUACAGAACAAAUCUUACAUUGGAAACAUCAGUUUCCACAACUCAUUAAAUGAAAAUCAGGAUGAUCAGGUCAUUCAACUUCAAGAUAUUAGAUUAUAAAAUUGUUAAUUUUCUUUUUUAUUGUGUGUGUCCUAUUUUGUAGAAAUCAUUUUUUACUACUGAUUUGUUUAGUUUAUAUACUACUUUAUUGUGAGAGCAUAUAUAUAUUUGUAUAUAUAUACGAAAUGGCUGUGAAAUAGCACAUCUGUAAUAUAAAUGAACAGUGACUUAAUCUGUCUCCUUUAUAUAAAAUAAUUUUCAUGUAUAUGAAAAAAAUAGAAAGUAAUCAUUUAUGAAACUUUCAUUUUGGAAUUGAUUGAAUAUAUUUGAUAAAAGUGAAUUUAUGUUUAAGGUCCAUCAUUAGAUUGGUAGGGAACUUGUUUGGUUGUACUUAGUAACAAUGGGAUGGGAUGGGGAUGGGGAGGGUUGUGGGUUGUUUCUAUCAAUCAUAGAUUGUUUACAGUUGUCCCUAUGUAAUCAGAAUUGUCAAUUGACUCUUAACUAUUUGUUCCUGCUUACCAGAAAGUGCCUGCUAUGAUAUUGUUAUCAAAUAAGUUCAAUAUUCGGGAUUGGUUCAAAUAAUUAUGAUAAUCUUCAAAUUAAUUGGCAUGUAAAUAAUGUUAUUUAAUUCUUUUGAGGAUCUCACCUUGGUAUUUUAACCAGGUUUGAAACCCGUUGGAAUUUGAAAAUGGUUGUCUUUGUGAAAGAGUUCAAUUUUUUUCAUCAGAUUUCUAAUUAAUUUAGUGCUUUCCUUGCUUUACUUCAUAGUCUAACACACACACACACACACACAUACAUGCACAUAAGAUCUAAGAAAUGUUAUUAUAUAACAUUUUAUAUAUAGAUGGAUGCUGGUCAUUCGUAGUAAAUACCAAAUAGAAUUCCUGAUAUAACCAGAAUUUUUUGCUUUUCUUUCAAGGUUAAAGGCUGUUCUAGGAAAAAAGGUCAACAAUAAUGUCUUUUGAUAAUCAAUACUUUAUUGUGAAUAUGAUGAUUGAUAAGAAAAAAGUCCUUUUUAUUUGUGGUUUACCAGUUUUUGUAAUUUCAUAUGAGUCUGGUAAGCAUUUGAAUAAAUGUAUUCAAUGAAAAUUAUUAUUUUGCUCAAAUUUUACAGCCAAUUUCAAUGAGUGUGUAGGAAAAGGUAAUAUCUUUUGGUUAGCUUGCUUGCUAGCUGAACAGUGAAGUCAUUUUUAGGUUAGGUAAACUACCCUCCUUUUUGAGUAGACUAGUCCGACAGACAGAUAGAAUUGGUUACCUGUGGGACUAGUCUACUCAUACAGGAGGGUAGUUUACCUAACCUAAUAAUGACUUCACAGUUCAGCUAGCAAGCAAGCUAACCAAAGAUAUUACCUUUUCCUACACUCAUUGAAAUUGGCUGUAAAGGUUAAAAUCUUGAAGCAACACAUUUAUUUUUCAUGAUUAUCGAGGAUUGGACAAAACAUAUAUUUAAUGGAACAUGUACAUGUAGGUAGUUGAUCAUUGAAGCAAGAUGAUAUUCCUGUUUGUAUUUAUGUUCCUUAAGAGAUUAUAAUAAAAUUUUUCACUCUGUCCAGUUAAACUUGUUCAUCGCAACAUACAGCUGUAUAAGAUCUGAAAUUCCCCCAAACUACAUUUGGAAAUAUUUUGCAAUUUAGCUGACAAUUUUUUUUAUAGUCUAUUUUAAAAAAUAUUGUAGCUAUUAUAGGGAAAGAUUUGAUUGAAGGCUAAAAGUGCAUCUGAAUAUGACACCCUGGGAUGUUUUCAGAUCUUACAUCUAACAAACAAGCCUUAACAGAGCAGAGUGAAAGGUCUGAUUUUAAUCAGAUUGAACUUGUAACUACAUGCUAUUGUUAAUUGGUAAAGUCACAGAAUAAAUAAUUCUGUAAUUUUCUGUGCACAUAUUUUUAUGCCCCCCGCCGAAGCAGGGGGGCAUUAAGUUUUACCCUUAUCGGUCUGUCCGUACGUCCCAAAAUUGGUUUCCAUUCUCUAACUUAAGUUUGCCUCAACCAAAUGUUAUCAAACUUAUACACAAUGCUUAUUACCACAAAACACAGAUCAAGUCUGAUUUUGGUGGCGUCACUUUAACCGUUCUAGAGUUAUGCCCCUUUAUAAAUGAAAAAAUUGCAAAAUUUUUCAUUUCUGUUCUCUAACUUAAGUUUGCCUCAACCAAAUGUUGUGAAACUUAAACACAAUGCUUAUAACCACAAUACACAGAUCAAGUUUGAAUUUUGUUGAAUUUUUCUAAAAAUAUCAAUGAUGUCAUUGUUCAAGUAAUUUUUAAAAUUGGAGUUAUCUUCCUUUGUCCAUGAUUAUAGUUGAAUCAAAUACAAUCAAUGCUUUAUACAAUGCAAUGUUUAAUUUUGCCUUCCACUGAUAAAACACAGAUCAAGUUGAAUUUGGGUGGUGUCACUUUAACCAUUAUUAAGUUAUGCCCCUUUAUGAAUUGAAAAAUUGAAAAAAUUUUAGUUUCCGUUCUGUAACUUAAGUUUGCCCCAACCAAACAUGAAACCUAUACACAAUACUUAUUACCACAAAACUAAGAUCAAGUACAAAUUUGGGUAGCGUCACUUUUAUUGUUCUUGAGUUAUGUCCCUUUAUAAUGUUGUAUGCAAGCGGGGGCAUCAUCUGUGUCCAUGGGGACACAUUCUCCAUUUAUGUUGUAAUUAAUUACCAUUUUAUUUUAUAACAGUAGAUUUAAAUUUCGUUCAACUUGGGUUUUUUUUUAAUAUCUCAAACCACAAAAAUGGGUAAGUCAAAUAAAUGAAUUAAAAAAAAAAAAAACAUACACAAAUUAUCUCAUAUUUGUUCUUGAUACUUCAUAUUUAAACAUGAAAUAUUAUUUUGUUAGAAUAUUGUCAUACAGAAAAAACAAUGAAUACACCACAUUUUAUAUUUUUACUGACUAACAUAAAAUAUGCUGUUUUAACAUGAAAUAUGUAUAUUCAUGUAGAUAAAAACAAAAUUGUUAAGACGGUUUGGUCUUAUCUUUGACACAUUUCAACCAACAGCUUUCAUUUGAAAAGCAGACUUGUAUGACUUAAUUUGUGCAUAAUACUGGCAUUUCCUUUUUGGUUUUCCAUCAACCUCCACAAGAAGUUAAAAAAAAGUAAAUUUUUACACCUAGUCUGACAUAUUUUUGUUUACCUUUUUUCUCUUCCAGAGUAGCCCUUCAAACUUAUAUUGUGUAAUUGUAUUAUAUAUAUGUAUAUGUGAUAUUAUUGUUACUAUAGUAGCAUAAUAAUAAUUUAUAUUUGUAUGAUAUUUAAUUUGUGUAUGAUAUUUAAAUUCAGAAAAAUUGAAUCAAAAGAGUGAGAGAGAGAUAGAUAAAACAAUGUAUUUAUUUAAAGUUAAUACAUAGUGAUAAGAAACUAUGUUUUUGGACUGAAAAAUCAAGAAUGCACCUCAUUAUAUGUUUACUCCCAUUUUGAAAAAAAAGAUAGUGGCAAAAUUAGCAAUAACUUAUAUAUACAACCAUUUGGUUAAAUGUAUCUAAAUAUCUCAAGUAUACUUUGAUAUCCGAUCCAGGGCUUUAUAAUCUCAUAUAAAUUUAAUCAGAGAAAAAGAUAUACAUGUAUACGAUUUAGAAGCUUCUGACACUUGAAAAAAAUAGCAAGAUGUGUUUAUCAUCACCAUGUAUACACAAUUUUUCUAACAAAUUUCUUUUUAAGUUACCAUUAUCUAUUUGACUUCUUUUCAUUUCAACCUCUAGUUAUAGUAACCAAAUUGUCUAAAUAUAACUCUAAUAAUAAUAUCAAUACAAUAACAUGAUCCACACGUUGUUCUUAAUAGUUAUUUUUUAUUGAAAAUUGGUUAAAAUGCCUAUACAUGUAUAUCACUUUCAACUCUUAAUGUUUCGCAUGGACAACAGCCCGUUUCUCUGGUAUAGAACCAGUCUACAAUUAGCGAAGGGAAACAAUCAGUGUUAAAAGUGUGUAAUUGGCAAAUGGACUAUUAUUAAGACAUUUAAAAAAAAAUUUAAGGUAAAAGAUUGUGCUGGUAAUCUCUUUGAAUGUGGUGAAAUAUAGAGUAUACAUGUAUGGUUUAUUAAUUAAUAGUUAGACAACAGAAUGGUCAUGUUUAGAUUUAACAAAUGUUAUCAUUAAUUUGCUAAGUUUCAUAAUUAAAAAGGAGUCCAUGUAAAGUUAAGUCUCUGGUUCUCUCAAAAGAUUUUUAAUGAUCCAGUCAGACAUGGUCUUCUCUUUCAAUAAGCCAGGAGGUUAUUAAAUUAAAAUACAUGCAUUUCCAUGAGUUAAAUUAUUUUUAAUCUUAAGUAAAAUCCUUUUUGUCGAGCCUUCGACUUUUGUCGAAAAAGCGAGACAUAGCAAUCCUACAUUCCGUCGGCGUCGUCGUUGUCGUCGGCGGCGUCCACAAAUAUUCACUCUGUGGUUAAAGUUUUUGAAAUUUUAAUAACUUUCUUAAACUAUCCUGGAUUUCUACCAAACUUGGACAGAAGCUUGUUUAUGAUCAUAAGAUAGUAUCCAGAAGUAAAUUUUGUAAAAAAAAAUAUCCAUUUUUUCCGUAUUUUACUUAUAAAUGGACUUAGUUUUUCUGCCAGGAAACAUUACAUUCACUCUGUGGUUAAAGUUUUCAAAAUUUUAAUAACUUUCUUAAACUAUCCUGGAUUUCUACCAAACUUGGAAAGAAGCUUGUUUAUGAUCAUAAGAUAGUAUCCAGAAGUAAAUUUUGUAAAAAAAAAAUUCCAUUUUUUCCGUAUUUUACUUAUUAAUGGACUUAGUUUUUCUGCCAGUUAACAUUACAUUCACUCUGUGGUUAAAGUUUUUAAAAUUUUAACAACUUUCUUAAACUAUCCUGGAUUUGUACCAAACUUGGACAGAAGCUUGUUUAUGAUCAUAAGAUAGUAUCCAGAAGUAAAAUUUGUGAAAAAAAUCCAUUUUUUCCUUAUUUAACUUAUAAAUGGACUUAGUUUUUCUGCCAGUUAACAUUACAUUCACUCUGUGGUUAAAGUUUUUGAAAUUUUAACAACUUUCUUAAACUAUCCUGGAUUUGUACCAAACUUGGACAGAAGCUUGUUUAUGAUCAUAAGAUAGUAUCCAGAAGUAAAAUUUGUAAAAAAAAUCCAUUUUUUCCUUAUUUAACUUAUAAAUGGACUUAGUUUUUCUGCCAGUUUACAUUACAUUCACUCUGUGGUUAAAUUUUUUUUUAAAUUUUAACAACUUUCUUAAACUAUCCUGGAUUUGUACCAAACUUGGACUGAAGCUUGUUUAUGAUUAAAAGCUAGUAUCUAGAAGGAAAAUUUGUUAAAAUUUUGUUCCUCUUUUUCCGUUUUUUACUUAUAAAUGGACUUUGUUUUUCUUCCAGUUAACAUUACAUACAGUCUGCAGUUUAAGUUUUUAUACGACCGCAAAAAAAUUUUGUGGUCGUAUAUUGGUAUGACGUUGGCGUCGUCGUCGUCGUCGUCCGGCGUCGUCGUCCGAAUACAUAUUGGUUUUCGCCCUCUAACUUUAGUUUAAGUGAAUGGAUCUUUUUGAAAUUUGACCAUAAGGUUAAAUACCACAAAAGGAAGGUUGGGAUUGAUUUUGGGGGUUAUGGUACCAACAGUUAAGGAAUUAGGGGCCAAAAAGGGGCCAAAAAUGAGCAUUUUCUAGUUUCCAGACAAUAACUGUGGAACGGUGUAUGGAUCUCUCUGAAAUUAUACUACAAGUUUCCAUACCACAAAGGGAUGGUUAGGAUUUGCUUUGGGGGGUUAUGGCUCAAACCGUUUAGGAAUUAGGGGCAAAAAAGGGGGAAAAACAAGGUUGUCCUGGUUAAUGGACAAAUACUUUAGUACAAAACAUAAUUUAAAGCAGUGUAAGGGAGAUAAAUCAAAUACAUCAUUGAAAUUAUCUCCCUUACACUGCUUUUAAAUUAUGUAUAAAGUAAUGGUUAAUGAACAAUAAAGAUAAUCUAAAACAGUGUAAGGGAGGUAAUCCAAAUACAACGUUUUGGUUACUUCCCUUACACUGCUUUUAAAUUAUGUUUAAAGAAAUGCAUAUUUAUAAAGGAAGACCAGUAAAAAUAUCUGCAAAUGUUUUCAUCUUUUUUUUUUACAAAAAAAUCCAUAUGAAAGAUUUGACACUAUAUUUUUAUUAAUUCUAUUAUAAAAUAGAUUAAGUUAGCACUAUGGUAAAUUUAAAUGGGUAAUUAUGGUUGCCAACUCCAUUGGAAAUUUGAAUUGAGAUUAUGACCAUAUCUUGAGGGAAAGAAUUUUUUUGGGGGAAAAGGGGGGGGGGAUAAAAAGAAAUUGUGGGGGGCCAAUUUUUUCUCAUUUCAGAUUUCAGAAAUUAAAAAGAAUUAUUCUUCAAAUAUUAUUUUUUUUUCAAAUUUCAAAUAUUGAAAAAUUUCAAGAAGUAAUCUUUAAUUGCACAGUAUGGCGCAUUAGAUUUGUAAAAUCUUUGAUCACAUUUAUUUAUUUGUUAUGCCGAAUCUAACAGUGUAUUUAGAUUUUUAAUUUUGGGUCCAGUUUUCAAAUUGGUCUACAUUAAUGUCCAAAGGGUCCAAAAUUAAACUUUGUUUGAUUUUAGCAAAAAUUGAAUAUAUGAGGUACUUUGAUAUGCUGAAUCUAAACAUGUAUUUAGAUUUUUGAUUUUUGGCCCAGUUUUCAAGUUGGUCCAAAUUGGGGUCCAAAAUUAAACUUUGUUUGAUUUCAACAAAAAUUGAAUAUAUGGGGUUCUUUGAUAUGCUGAAUCUAACCAUGUAUUUAGAUUUUUUAUUUGUGGACCCCGUUAUCUAAUUGGUUCAUAUUGAGGUCAAAAGGGUCCAAAAUUAAACUUUGUUUGAUUUCAUCAAAAAUUGAAUUAUUGGGGUUCUUUGAUAUUCCAAAUCUAACCGUGUAUUUAGGUUUUUAAUUUUGGGUCCUGUUUUUUAAAUUGGUCUACAUUGAGGUCCAAAGGGUCCAAAAUUAAACUUAGUUUGAUUUUGACAAAAAUUGAAUUCUUGGGGUUCUUUGAUUUGCUGAAUCUAAACAUGUGUUUAGAUUUUUGAUUAUGGGCCCAGUUUUCAAGUUGGUCCAAGAUAGGGUCCAGUAUUUAAACUUUGUUUGAUUUCAACAAAAAUUGAAUAUAUGGGGUUCUUUGAUAUGCUGAAUCUAAACAUGUAUUUAGAUUUUUGAUUAUGGGCCCAGUUUUCAAGUUGGUCCAAAUUGGGGUCCAAAAUUAAACUUUGUUUGAUUUCAACAAAAAUUGAAUAUAUGAGGUUCUUUGAUAUGCUGAAUCUAACCAUGUAUUUAGAUUUUUUAUUUGUAGGCCCCGCUAUCAAAUUGGUUCAUAUUGAGGUCAAAAGGGUCCAAAAUUAAACUUUGUUUGAUUUCAUCGAAAAUUGAAUUAGUGGGGUUCUUUGAUAUGCCAAAUCUAACCGUAUUUUUAAUUUGGGUCCCGUUUUUUAAAUUGGUCUUCAUUGAGGUCCAAAGGGUCCAAAAUUAAACUUAGUUUGAUUUUAACAAAAAUUGAAUUCUUGGGGUUCUUUGAUAUGCUGAAUCUAAACAUGUGUUUAGAUUUUUGAUUAUGGGCCCAGUUUUCAAGUUGGUCCAAGUUGGGGUCCAAAAUUAAACUUUUUUUGAUUUCAACAAAAAUUGAAUAUAUGGGGUUCUUUGAUAUGCUGAAUCUAACCAUGAAUUUAGAUUUUUUAUUUGUGGGCCCCGCUAUCAAAUUGGUUCAUAUUGAGGUCAAAAGGGUCCAAAAUUAAACUUUGUUUGAUUUCAUCAAAAAUUGAAUUAUUGGGGUUCUUUGAUAUUCCAAAUCUAACCGUGUAUUUAGAUUUUUAAUUUUAAGUCCCGUUUUUUAAAUUGGUCUACAUUAAGGUCCAAAGGGUCCAAAAUUAAACUUAGUUUGAUUUUAGCAAAAAUUGAAUUCUUGGGGUUCUUUGAUAUGCUGAAUCUAAACAUGUGUUUAGAUUUUUGAUUAUGGGCCCAGUUUUCAAGUUUGUCCAAGUUGGGGUCCAAAAUUAAAAUUUGUUUGAUUUUAACAAAAAUUGAAUAUAUGGGGUUCUUUGAUAUGAUGAAUCUAACCAUGUAUUUUGAUUUUGGACAUUGGACCAUAAUAGGUAAAUUAAAAAAAUUCAAGUUCUUAGACCACAUUCUUUCUGUGUCAGAAACAUAUGCUGUGUCAAAUAUUUAAUAACAAUCCAAAUUCAGAGCUGUAUCAAGCUUGAAUGUUGUGUCCAUACUUGCCCCAACUGUUCAGGGUUCGACCUCUGCGGUCGUAUCAAGCUGCGCCCCAGCGAAGCAUUUUAUUAAAACAUUUAUUAGAUUCAUAAACUAUCCUGGAUAUUUACCAAACUUGGACAGAAGCUACUUACAAUCAAAAGAUAGUAUAGAGAGGAAUAUUUUUAUUAAUUUUUUUCCUCAUUUUUGUUGAGCCUGCGAUUAACAGCAAAAGUAGGCGAGACACUGGGUUCCGUGGAACCCUUACGAAUUUUUUGGUUUGAUAAGAGAAAGAAUUUUGAAAUAGCUAAUUAUAACCCCAUUCUAGGAGUGGUGGUUUAUAUUUCAUUCAUUGUCAGUCUGUUUGUCCACCAAUAUUUCUGUCACACUUUUCUCAGGUACUACUGGACAGCAUGACUUCAUAUUUGGUCAGCAUUCUGACAGAGAUGAGUAUAAAAUUUCAGCAUUUUUCAGAUCUGUCAGACUCCAACUUCCUUUUUGCAGAUAUAUUGAAUGACCAUAAACUUUUACAUCACACAAUUCUCUAGUAAUUCCAAAAAGAAUUAAUUCUCUAGUACUCCCAAAAAGAAUUAAUUCUUUAGUACCUAAAAAGAAUGAAUUCUCUAGUACUCCCAAAAAAAGAAUUAAUUCUCUAGUACUCCCAAAAAGAAUUAAUUCUCUAGUACUCCCAAAAAGAAUGACUUCAUAUUUAGUCAUCAGCUUGACAGUGGUGAGUUGUAACAAAUGAACACUUUUCAGAUCUGUCAGACACACACUUCCUGUUUGCAGAUACUUUGUACUUUGAAUUUGUCACUGCUUAACAAAAUACAAUGACUGUUAAUGUUCCUUACUUGAGAUAACCUUUAAAUAUGAAAAUUGUGCCUACAUUCCAUAUUUUCUAAAUGAAAAAAGAUGCUAGAACAAAUCAUUGAUUUUUUUCUGGUUGAAAAAUUGAAAGGAGUAUGAUGUGUGUCCUUUGUCAUGUGAAAUGGGAAUAGCUGUCAUAAUCUGGCAAAGUGAAAAUGAUUGUCAAUUAAUUUACUAAUGGCCAUUGAAAGUGCGUAACAGUAGCAUAAUUAUACUGUAAUAAAAUAAUUUAUUUAUAAGAAUUGUGAAUUUAUCAUUAAAACAUAUCAUGUUUA